AUGUCUGCAGUUGCGAAGGGUAAGGGUGAUUUUCGCCUAGUCGUCAACAUGCGUGCACCCAACCGAGCAAUCAAGCGCGAAUACUAUCGCUUGCCGACGCUGGAGGAAAUGAAAAUCAAGCUUCAUGGUGCAAAGUUUUCCUCUAAGCUUGAUUUAACAAACGCGUAUUACCAUUUAGAGCUACACGAGGACUCAAGAGACCUGACUACAUUCCUAACCGAAAGCGAAUAUGUACGAGGACGGGAAAAUAUCGCAGAUCCAUCGUCUAGAUUAUACAAUGGCAACGAUGGUCCGUUCGAAGAAAAUGCCAGCCCAUGGGAAAUCGCCUCACUGGAAGCAAAUCACAUAAAUUUUCUCACUGAAGACGAAAUUCGAAGAGAAACGAAUUCAGAUCAACAACUGUUGGAUGUAACGGAAGCUGUUGAAUCGGGAAUAUGGCCGGGAACCCUUAAAUCCUUUGAAGCUGUUCGUUUAAAUUUAGACGUUCGAGAAGGUCUCCUUUCAAAGACUGGUUGCGUGGUGAUUCCGGAAAGUCUGCGCGAGAAAACGCUUGCCAUUGCACAUAGAGGUCAUCCAUCAACUGCAAAAAUUAAAAACAUUUUGAGAGAGCGCGUGUGGUGGCCAGGAAUGAACAAAGACGCGGAAUCCUGGGUGGAAUCUUGCAUCAUUUGUGCGACGAACGGAAAGCCGGAGAAACCUACUCCGAUGGAGCGUGUCUUCGCUCCCAAAACCGUUUGGGACACAAUUGCCGUAGACUUUAACAAACCGUAUCAGAAAUUCGGGGGUAUCUCUAUUUUAGUUAUAGUCGAUUAUCGUUCGAGGUACAUAAUAGCUAAACCCGUUAAGUCCACCAGCUAUGAGAGCACUAAGAGAGUUUUGGAGACAGUAUUCGAAAAAGAGGGUUUUCCAGGUACAAUUAAAUCGGAUAACGGACCACCCUUCAAAAGCGAGGAGUAUAAAACAUAUUGCACCGAGCGCGGCAUCAACGUUGUCUUUUCGACACCACUAUUCCCUCAGCAGAAUGGACUAGCAGAAAGCUGUAUGAAAUUGAUUAAUAAAGCUAUGAUAGCAGCAGCUACUAGUGGCUCCAAUUAUAUUGAAGAGCUUAAUGCAGCAAUCAAUUCAUAUAAUGCAGCAGCACAUUCCGUGACAAAAACGUAG